UACAAAAAGAUCAAAAUCCUUGGUAAAGGGAAUUUUGGCGAAGUGUUUUUAGCAGAAGAAAUAAACACACGCAAAAAAGUGGCCAUCAAAGUAGUCGAUACCCGCAAAUUCAAAAACGAGGAUCAGAAAAGACAUGCGGAAAAUGAAAAAGAAAUUUGUAAACUGUUCUCUAGAAAAGAUUUCAGACAUCAACAUAUUGUGAAUGUAAGAGACGUGAGUGUGGAAAAUCAUUGCAAUUAUUUUGUACUCGAAUACAUUGAUGGAGGAGAAUUAUACGAGCGAAUCAAGCGAGAAGGUAAAAUUCGAGAAUCUCAAGCUAAAAUCUGGUUCAGACAAUUGAUCGAAGCAGUUGCUUAUAUUCACAAGAAUGGCAUUGUACACCGAGAUUUGAAGCCUGAGAAUGUUUUGUUAGACAAAGCGGGGACUAUCCGUCUAUGUGAUUUUGGUUUUGGGAAAAUCUUUAAUGCAACUCAGUUGCUGGAUACUUACUGCGGUAGUCCAUUUUAUGCAGCACCCGAGAUGGUCACAGCCACACCUUAUCGUGGUCCUCCUGUGGAUAUGUGGAGUUGUGGCGUGAUCUUGUAUGCUAUGUUGACAGGACAAUUACCUUUUCAUUGUGAUACCAUGCCUGAAUUAUUCAAGAAGAUCAGUAUGGCUGAAUACAAUGAACCCAGCACAAUAUCUAAUGAAGCACUUGACCUAAUUCGGUCAUUGCUUUGUCGAAACCCAAAGCGGAGAAUGACGGCCGAGGGUGUACUGAAACAUGCAUGGCUA